AUGCCGCCUCCCUCGUCGGUCGACCACCUUCCUUCACACCAGCCCGCCGCUCGUCAGCGUCCAAAGUCGCCGGAUCGUCUACUGGCCGAAGCCGAAGCGCAAUGGCUCUUCAGUGAGCAAGAGCUGCUGCAUACGCCAUCGGUCCAACAUGGCAUGGCUCCCGAGAAGGAGAAGGAGAUACGCGCAAAGGGCAUCAACUUCAUUCGUCAAGUCGGCAUCAUGCUCAAGCUGCCCGAACUCACCCUGUCUACCGCCGCCAUUUUCUUCAACCGCUUCCUGAUGCGUGUCAGUCUGGUCGAUCGUCCGAAUCAAAAGGCUCUGCACCACUAUACACUUGGCGCGACCGCCCUCUUCCUGGCCACAAAAGUCGAGGAGUCAUGUCGCAAGAUGAAGGACCUGGUCGUCGCUUGCUGUCGCGUCGCCCAGAAGAAUCCAAAUUUGUUGAUUGACGAGCAAAGCAAGGAUUUCUGGAAAUGGCGCGAUACCAUCCUGCUAAACGAGGACGUCCUGCUCGAGAUGCUGUGUUUCGAUCUCACCAUCGAGGCCCCUCACAAACAGCUCUACGAAAUGCUCAAGUACUACAAUGUCCAUCACAACAAGCCCUUGCGCAACGCUGCCUGGGCCUUUGUCACCGAUAGCAACAUCACUCAGCUCUGUCUGCUGUGUUCCAGUCACACCAUCGCUGCCGCUGCCCUCUACUCGGCCGCCCGCUACUGCAACAUUGCCUUUCCCGAUUCCUCCGACGGCCGUCCGUGGUGGCACGUUCAGCACGUCGCACUCGAUGACAUACUAAAAGCUUGCAACUACAUGGCUUCCAACUAUGAACAUGUUCCCAUCAGACCCGGUCACGAAGGCGCUCAAUCUACCUAUGCCAUUACCAGUCCCUCCGCUCCUAUCCUCCACCAAGACACUGCCGCCAACGGUCACGGUCACGGUAGCAAAAUCCACCACAUUGACCCGCCCCACGACGAUAGGGCCGUCAAGAAGAGGCGCACCUCCGAUUCUGCUACUGCCGCUACUUCGGUUCCUCAUCACGCACCCGCCUCGCGUACCGUUGAGAGUCAUGGUAGUGAGGAAGGCGAGGUUGAAGGCUAG